AAGGUUCCGAAAUAAUCUAUGAACAAACUAUCAAGUCAAUAACCGGAAGUACUUUUAGAAUACGGUAUUUCGUCAAGGCAAGAAAACUCAGAAAAAUGCUGAUUAAAGUGAAGACUCUGACUGGAAAGGAGAUAGAAAUCGACAUUGAACCUACAGACAAGGUGGAGAGAAUAAAGGAAAGAGUAGAAGAGAAAGAGGGAAUUCCCCCUCCACAACAGAGAUUAAUUUUCAGCGGUAAACAAAUGAAUGAUGAAAAAACUGCGCAGGACUACAAAGUGACAGGGGGUUCAGUGCUACAUUUAGUUCUGGCUUUAAGAGGAGGACAGUGAUUGAGACUAUAAACAAUGAGCAUAAAAAUAAUUAAAAUGUACAUCUGGUAUUACAGAGAAAUGUAAUGCUUUAGGAAGAAUUUUUCUAAGGUUCAUGUUAACACUUUAUGAAUGGAUUCUUUAACAAGCAAAGUUCUUCAGUCAGUAUUGAUGUGUAUUUUUGGUUGUUCCAACACCACAAGCCAGUACAGAAGCACUACAUAAAUAUGAUAAUACACAUAUAGCUUGAAUUUCCCCUGCCCCUUUUAAAAACAGAUAUUGUCAAGAAACCUGGAUAUAAUUUGCCCCCCCCCCCUUUUCAAAAAGAAAACCAGUGACUAGAAACUAUCAUAACACUGAGUAUCUCCUCUCUUCAGCAAUCAAUUAAAAAAAAAAUGUCCAAUUUGCUUCACACUAAUUUCCUAUAUUUAAAAUAUUUUUAAUUUCUGGAAAAAUGAAUUAUAUUGACCCACAAUGUAGUGCACAUAAUGAUGACAUUAUGGGCAUAUUCUUAUUUACAUAUUCUUGUAUGUGGAAGAAAUCAGGCAAGAAGUGUUGACAAUGAACAGUUUUCUUCUGUGUUGUAUUUCCGAGAAGUUAAAUGUUGCAGGGCUUUUUAUUUACACUAUCUUCCUUCUUAAUGAAAAGCAUAAGGAAAUUUUGAUGAAUAUAUUAUUGUGUUGUUAAAUGUUUGCUAAAUUAUUAUCAGCUAAAAAAUACGCCCCUGAAUAACACAGAUGUAGAAGGAAUGAGGAAUGAAAGAAAUGAGUGUGUGCAUUAAUUGUAGCUAAAUGUUUUGUAUUAAAGUGAUCUAUCAAAUCU